AAAACAAAGUUUCCAAGCGAAGGGGGUGGGACAGAGGGCGAGCAGCCGCUCCGGAGUAGAAAGCAAGCCGGGAGGCAUCGGCCGGGCAAGGAGCGAGGCCACGGGGAUGGGAGCCCUGAAGGAGGGCGGAGGGCGCUGAGAGGCAGGGAUGGAGGAGUAGAGGUCAACGGGAGAGCCCGGAGGAGGAAUCGCGGGGGGCGAGAAGGCAGGAAAGAGAGAGAAACCCACCCGGAGUUCGUACUUCAUAUGAUCUCCGCCCCCGGUGCCUUGAGGUCCGAGUGCCUUUGAGACAACAACUUCCCCACCUGCCCCUGGGCAAGAGGCGUCAAGGGGGAAGCGAAGCAAAAUCGAAGGAAGCGAAGCCCUCUGCUGCCGCACAGUCACAGACACAGGCGACAGGGGAAGAGGGUCCAGAAUCCAGGUUGGCCAUGAAUGCGAAGCAGCUCUCAGAGGGAAGUGGAGGCAGGCUCCAAGCGCCAGGCCCCGAGCGAAGGGACACCCCGAAGAUGUCGGCUUCUUCAGCAGUCACCUGGGCCUUUUUCUUGGGACUACUCGUGGGUUCCGUUCAGCCCAGUGAAAGUAACUCUUCGCACAUGGCUGUCUGUCAAGGCUACCCGGACUUCCGGAGAGAACCGCAAGGCCAAAUUCAUAGCCCAUCUUCCCAGGAGAUGUCAUUCAGCAGCUGUAGCUGGGUUAUCUUGGGUGGCCCUGAGGACAUCGUCUACAUCAGGUUCCAGCGCUUCUCUCUCUCCUGUGGCUCAGAGGUGCUGACGAUUCAUUCACUUGCUCAGCCUCCUAAAAGGAUCUGUGGCUACAAAAAUCCUGAGCCCCUCCGGAUAAAAGGUGGCAAUGUGACCUUGACCUACAGCUGGAAGUUCAUGAUGGGAGAUGGUUUUCAGCUGAAAUAUGAGAGAGAAUCGAAAACCCAGCCUGCCCCUCCAUGCAACGUCACCCUGGACAACUUCUACGGGGUCCUUUCCCCCCCGGCUUUUACCUCAGACUCGCACUUGGGUGCUGCACAUUGCCAGUGGGCCCUGGACGCCCACGACAGCCGCCCCCUGACCAUUCGCUUCACCGUCCUCGAUCUGGACGUCGGGGACUCCCUGCACGUGUAUGAGGGGGUGCCCGGAGCUGUGUCUCCCCCACGCUUACUGCGCAACCUGGACUACACCAGUAACAACAAGGUCGUGUCUGUGGACUCGCCGUCCAGCCGCGCAUGGAUCACGUACCAGGCCGUGCUGGGAACAGCAGGCCGCGGCUUCAACGCCACCUAUCACGUGCGAGGCUUUUGCGUCCCGUGGGAUUUUCCCUGUGGCGGCGGGGACGGCGAAGGGGCCACUUGCUACAGCAGCCUGGAGCGCUGCGACGGGGUCUGGAACUGUGCCAACGGGGCCGACGAGGAGGGCUGCCAGGGCUGCCCGCCUGGGCAGUACGCCUGCGGGGGGCGUGGGAUCGGUGGCGCCGUCUGCUACGGGGCUGCCGACCGCUGCAAUUACCAGACCUUCUGCGCCGACGCCGCCGACGAGCGUCACUGCUACACCUGCCAGCCGGGCAACUUCCGCUGCCGAGACGGCCGCUGCAUCUAUGAGAGCUGGGUGUGCGAUGGGCAGGCGGACUGCGUCGAUGCUUCCGACGAGGCGGAUUGCUCCUACGUGCUCCCGCGCAAGGUGGUGACAGCGGCCGUCAUCGGCAGCCUGGUGUGCGGCCUUCUCUUGGUCGUCGCGCUGGCCUGCACCUGCCGCCUCUACGCCCUCCGCAGCCACGAGUUUGGUAUCUUGGCCCCCAUGUCACGGAUGGAGGCCCAGCUGGUGCAACGCCAGGCUCCCCCCUCCUACGGUCAGCUCAUUGCUCGUGGCGUGAUCCCCCCUGUCGAAGGCUUCCCCACUGAGCACCCCAAUCAGAAUUCCAUGCUGGGGAGUUUGAGGUCUCUAUUGCACUUGUUACGACGUGACCCAGCCAGCACCACUGCCGCCAACGGAAGCCACCGCCCCUAUCGCAGCCGCUUCGUACGUCGCAUGGCGAGGCGCAUGCGCCGAUUGGGAUUGCUACCUCGGCCCGCUUCGUCGUCCUCCUCCUCCUCCACCACCGCCAACAAUAACAACGCUACCACCACGAACUCUUCAUCGCAUUCAGUUCCUGACGCCCUGCCUGAGCCGUUUUCUGGGGAGGAAAAUACAACUUCCGGUCAACGGGAAGAGCAAGCCCCACCUCUUCCUCAGAAAGUCCCACCUCCUCGUGCUGAACCUGUGCUGGAGCCCCGGCCUCCUGCCCCUCCCACUCCGCGGCUCUCCGGAAUGAUGAACAGCCUCCGGGUGCGGCUCUUCUACCCCAUGCCGCCAUGCUCUGGGGAGGCAGGCGACCCCCUGAGUGCUCCUCCAUCCCCUGUGGACGAGGAUGACGUGCUCCUGGUGCCUCUCACUGAGCCACGACUCGAGAACGUCAACACCUCUGCCAACUGGGAGGCUGACGAUGAACCCCUCCUCACAUGAGAAGCCUUCCCUGUAACCUAGGCUGAGGGGUCUCUUUCCUCCCAUUCUGAGCAUGGAAUAAGAACUUCACAGCCAGUUACAAAUGCACAGAAAUGACCGGAUUGGACUUGGUCAGCUUCCCCACUUCCAAACCCCCGUCCCGUCUCCAUCCCCAAAAGGAGCAAAUUUGUAAAUCAGUGGGAACAGGAAGAAAAGAAAUAAUUCUCUGCCAGUUCAACAACAAAAGUUCUCAAAGUUUUGUUUCUAUGCUUGGCAUUUGAGAAGGAAAAUUGUAUGAUCAGAGUUGAUAUAACAGCUUUUUUCAUUUACUGGGGCCUGCAAAUAAUUCUUCAUUGAAUACGGAAAUAGUAUUUGUGUGCCAGAUAAAUCAUGAUUCUUAUCUGGAAUCAUUGCUAUUCAGAUCUGGGGUAAUAAGGCAAGAAAGAAAAGGGGUAUGGGGUCCACCGAAAUUAUCUUGACAUUUUUGAGAGCUACGUGGAACAGGUUUUGGUUCAGUUGGCGCUGCAAUUAUGGCUCGUACAAAAGUACAUGCACUUGACAUUUUAAGAAAUGUUCUUAAAAAGUGAAGAGGAAGGGAUGGAAAUGGAAUACGUUCUGUGGGGAGACACUGCAGAUAUUUGUCUUCUUAAAAGCGAAGGAAGCAAAAAUAUUUGUGUAGUAAUCAAAAGUAACCUUGAAAGGCAUUGUAACCCUGAAAGGCAAUGACUUCAUUGGCUGAGUGUCAAUGUUUGUGAAGCUAUAGAACUGUUAAAAGAAAGGGAGGAGGCGGAAAAUAAAGUCAGUGACUCCACUGAAACUACUUUUGCAGUAGUUGGAAAAUAAAAUUUUAACAGUCUAAUCCUAUGCAUGUUUACUCAAAAGUAAAUCCCACUAUGUUGACUGGGGCUUACUGCUAAGUAAGCAUGUAUAUGAUUUCAGGCUUAGGUAAAGAAAAAAAAAGCUGGGAAAUAUUUUGAUCUUUUAUUGAUAAAUAUUUUUAAGUAAAUUAUUUUUUAAAAGCACAUCAAAUGAAAGAAGUUAACAUUUUGCACAUGGAAUAUCCAAUCAGCUGUAAAUAUGAUAAACUUUGUAUGGAGGAUAUAAGAAAUGAGUAAGGAUUUAGUAGUUACAAUUGCAAAUUAUUUCUUUUACAAUGACAAAAAGAAGGAAAACUGACAAUACACAUCCAAAUACCUAGAAAAUGAACAUGAUUCAAUUUAAAUGUAUAUAGUUAAUUUAAAAAAUAGAAUAUAAAAGAUGAAGAUGUCUGCCUACUUUUUAAAAAAAAUCAUUUUAAAAGAUUGUUUUGGGGUGAGGUUAAGCCUUCAUUCAAGCCAGUGAAAAGUGGAAGGAAGACAUUAUCCAAAAUAUGGUUUCAGAGCAGUUAACAGUGGACAGGGAACAAUAUACUUAGAAUUUAUCCAUUGAAAGCAAUUGGACUAAAAUUAGUCAUGAAUAACUGAAGUGCCAUUGAUUUCAGUGAAUCUUCUCUGAGCCUGUGUUCACACAACACACUAACCCACCCAGCAUGGGUUGUUGUUGAACCGUGGUUUAUUGUGUUGUCUAAAUGCAGCGCUUUUUCCUCAGGGUUGCUUGUUAAUCAUUUAGUGUGGCUUGUUAACCACUCUGAACAAAUUAACAACAAGGCAUGCUGGCUUGUUGGGGGGGGGGGAAAUAAAACCACAUUGCAUGGUUAACAAACUACGGAAAAUGUGCUGCAUUCAGACAACAUGAUAACACAUAGCAGGUUAGUGUAUUGUGUGAACCAAACCUACAUAUGACUGAAUCUGGAUCCAGCUCAAUAACUCUUAAUAGUAUGUGAUAAAAAUAAUAGGUGACGGUUCAGUUUUAAGCCUACUUCUUACACAGGUGUUUAUAAGUAAAAGGGAAACAUAAAAUCUGUGUUGAAUCUCUGCCCAAUAAUGUUAGCAAAUUGAAAAUAAUUUGAAAAGGAGGUUUUAGGUAUAAAUUGUAAUGCGUUGGACUUGGAUAGUACACGUUUGUUAAAAGAAAUAAGUAUAUACCCACUUUCUACCUGACACGAUUCCCUGUUCAAAGACUCAAUUUUGCAACGAUAGUUUCAAAAGCGGUAGCCAUCAUGGCAAAAUGUUGGGAACGAAUGGUCCCAUUGCAAAUACACCACUUAAUCUAGUGGUUCACCAAAUGAACCACUAGAUUAAACACACACACACACACUACAGAUACACUCCAAAUCAAAAUGAUGGCUAUGAUUCAAAUUAUUUGAAUGGUAAAAAGGAAACCUCUCGAAAGAAUUGGCGCCUUUUUAAUCGUACAAUCUGGAAGUUCCAUUUGAAGGAAAUAAACCGGGAUUCUGAAAAUGCUACUGUUUUACCUGCCCUUGUUCUGCCAUGAUGGAAACCAUCCCCAAGAAAAACAAAUUCAGGGGCCCAAUCCACCAGGAUAUUCUCCUGUGCAAGCCACGUCAAAAUGAAUUUAUGGUGGAUUUGGUGCCCUUUACUUUGUUUUCCAACGAAACAACAGAGAAAGAGAGAGAAUGUGUCUAUACCUUUGAGAUUUUUUCUGGCAGAGAUUCUUCUCAAAUCUGUGAAUCAGUGGUGAUAUUUAAUGGGAAGCAGGAGUUCAUGUUUUCCUGCUGUUCUGUUUUUUCUCUGGGUAUGAGUGUGGAUAACGGUGGUAGUGUUGAGUUAUACGAGAAAAUAUUUGCACUGUGUAUUUUUGUCAUUGAGCUGUGACCACUAACUGGUGCCGUUCUGUUUGUUAUUUCACCUUUUGUUGCCUUUAAAGUUUUGCUAAGAAUUAAACAAGAAAUUUUGAACUGUA